AUGGAAGUUGCUAUGGACAACGAGAGCCGACACCAGUGUUUAGCUUAUGCCGAUGACAUUGUGCUGAUGGCGAGAUCCGAGGAGGAAGUAACAAGGGUUUUUAAGUUGUUGGAAGCAAAAGCAAGAGAAUAUGGCCUAGCAAUCAAUGAAAAUAAAACAAAAUAUAUGGUGAUGAAAAACAAUACCAGAGGACUUCCAGCAAAUUUAAAUAUUAGUUGCACUGCAAAUAGGAGAUAUACGAUAGAGAGAGUAGAACAAGUCGAAUAUCUAGGAGUAACACUAACGUGUAAGGGCGAUGAAGAAAAGGAAAUAGAAAAAAGGUUAGCGAAAGGAAGAAUUAAAGUCCAAAACGAAUUCAGGAGAAGAACAAAUAAAGAAAUAGAGGAGCUGUAUAAAAGCCCAAACAUUGUUCAGGUGGUCAAAAUGCAAAGAGCUAGAUGGUUGGGGCACAUAGCGAGGAUGUCCGGCGAAAGGUGGGUUAAAAGAAUACUGAUACAAGGUGAAGGAGGAAAGAGAAGAAGAGGGCGACCGAGAAAAAGAUGGCUGGAGGAAGUGACAAAAGACGUGAGGGAUGAUGUAUCCAGAAGAUUGAAACAGGCUUUCGAAAGGAGUCGGAAGUAUUAUAACCUGCGUCAUAGGGACGAAAGGUUUCAAUUGCAUCAGCGUGUCUGGAAAAAGAAUUAUACCCUUUCUGAUGCCAGCAAGGGAGUUACCUCGAAGCUGAAUCCUAAAUACGAUGGUCCCUAUACCAUCGUAAAAGUCUUGUCCCCUUGGUCAUAUGAGUUGGCUGACGAGAUCGGUCGGAGUCGUGGUGUUUGGCACGCCAAAAACAUCAAAACACAUCCUCCAGAUGAUCAGGUAUCUCUUAUAUCUUUUGAGAUCUUAUAG